AUGAAUUCACAACCAUCCUCUGCCACCUAUGGCGAUAGUAGGGCUUCAAAGCCUUCUGUCUGCCAUAGUGAAGCUGAGCUACCACGCUCUGAAUCUGGAUUGUCGCUCGGCACAGCCUUAGAUGACCUUUCUAUAUCCUCUGAACGCCGGUCCGGCGACGCAUGCACUCAAUUACCGUCACCUGAAGUUGAGCGCCCUCUUGCUGUACGCAAAAAGACUCCUAUUCGCGCGGUGUUUGACGAUCUGACGACUGCUCACAACUUGAUCACGUCUGGUUCUGCUCGAUCACCCGUCUAUCGGAAACACAGGAACGACGCGUCUAAAGGCAAAGCGGAUGAAGAUUCGAUUGCCCUACAAGAGCUUGUACCUUUGGAUCACCAGAGCGAUUCAUCGUUCCUCAGCCUUCCGUCCCCCCCUCCCCGAGCUGCCCUUCCCGAUAGCCGUCAUGACAGCAACCAGGACCCCUAUUUGAUUCCUAAGGGAACUAUCGCUUUUGCUGAACCGCCGGCUACCCUGCUGCCUCAGCUUCAACCAAGGGACCCGGGCCAGAGAGGCGAGGCAGUGGCAGAGGUCAGAAACACCCUCAAAUCUGCCUCUUCCCCGACGAAUCGUCCUUCCAAUGUUCACGUACCCUCUCACGACAAGACCGAGAAUAAUGAGGCUAUCGAGAACAAAUCACGUCGCGGAUCCCUGCAUGUUGAGAAACGCGUUUCUCAAUGUCAACCCGGCACUGCAAUUCUACGAGAUGCUAUACCAGACGUCCAAGCUGAGAAUGACAAGGAUGCGAGUUUAAUCAGCUUCUCCACGGCAGACGACCUCUCAACAUUUGCGCCCAAUGCUAAGGAUGAUCUGGAUAGGUCGCUGCCACAGGGAAUUCAGGAUGGCUUUGAUCUUAAUCGUCGCACUGAUGCAGAAGUCGUUAGGUCUCGGUUCUCCUAUAGCGAUACUCCACCCGGCGUUACUCAGCCUGGUUCCAGUCACAGCCAGGUGCAGGCCUGUCAAUCGUUGGCCACUGGAAGUGGACUGCCUAAUACGUCAUUUGUACUUGAGGGAAGCACCGUUGGAAAUCUGUACAAAGAAUCUAGGUAUUCCGGCGAAAUUGGUGAUCUCGACGAGGCAGAUGUCAGCGACAUAUCUGACAUAGAUAUCGCUCAAAUUUCAAGGGGUGACCUGAACCAACUCGGAUCAUUCCAUGACUUUCCACGCAGCUCGGCACAGAACCAACAGCGAGAGCUUCAUAAUUAUUGCAACGAAGACAACUUGGGUACAAAUCCGAAUGGGGCCCCUCCGAACUUUGCAUUGCCUCUACAGCCUAAUAUCCAUCCUGCGAUCAAACAUGAUGCUCUGGGCACGUCUCAGGGAUUUGGUUACUCAUCGUCUUAUGGGGAUACCCGCAAUCUUCUUGAUCUAACCGAAUCAUCAAAGUCGGUCCAAGACAAACCCCAAUCUAGUUAUCUAGAUAGUGUUGGCAAUCUCGUGAUGGAUGGAAUGACAUCGGGAGCUAAGCAGCCUGCUCAGGCAGAGAUGGGCGGGUUGAACUCCAAUAAUCCCUUUCGCUCAAAUCCGAACAUGGCUGUAUCUCGUGAAGAUGAGGUUGCAUACGACCAGCAAGAGAGACACAGAAUCAUUGCCGAGCAGGGAUCGUCGCUAGAGCGGGAAAUAAGCAUGGCAUUGAGACGAGCAAGUGGCUACAGCGCUUAUGGUAAUGGAAGUAUCUUUACCACGACGCUUGAUGAAGAUGAGAACUUCUCAGGUGAAGACUCUGUUUAUCAGUACUAUGGAUCUGUCAUGAGACGCAGUAUUGAGGAUACCCCCGGAUUUGACUCUGGUGGUCUACCACAAGUGCAAUCUUUUUAUGACCAGGAGGCUAUUUCUUCGAACUGGGUUGCGAGCCAUAAACCAAAUAUUGUCCGCGUGCCUAUCCGUCGCCAUAGAUCUUUCCACGCCUCCAUUUCUGGAUCCCCUGGAUCCUCUGGACCUUCUGGAUCUCCUGGGCCAUCUGGGCCAUCUGGACCUUCUGGACCUCCUGGACCUUCUGGACCUCCUGGACCUUCUGGACCUUCUGGACCUUCUGGACCUUCUGGACCUCUUGAUACCAUUGGUAGGCGACCCGAGCACGGCGACCACCCAACUGCGGGCGAUGACCAGAACGACUGGGAGACUGUUGGCGAGAGUAUAUUCGGUAGACCAUACGAAUCCGACUUUAUUGGAGGCAGUGUCCGCCGAACUGGAAGCAGUAUUGCAGACGUCUCGGAUGACGAUGUCGGCAGCUCGCACUUUCUGGAAGAUGGGCCGUAUAGUUCUACAGAUAGGAUUGUACAACAUCCUGCCAACAUUCAGUAUUUCAGCGACUAUCGGCAGAAGGAUCUUAAUGAGACCCGCACACCGGUCUUCGCAGCGGUUCCUAGGGAGCACAAAGUUAAUGGAUAUCUUGCAAAUUCGAUGAGAGCUUGCCCACCUCUGGAUCAGCACUAUAUGCCACCUCCACCGCUAGAGCAGUCUCACAGGAAUCCUUUCCAAUCUCCUCCGAAUGUUAUGCUAAAUGUCAAGCCUCAACGUUAUCGGCGUGCCAAUUAUCCCCCACCCGCUCUUCAAACAUUCCAUCAAUAUCAAGAGCGCGAUAUUACUGAUCAACGAGCACAACGCAUGAGAGAGGAGUUUGUUUCUUCCCGACGCUUGUCCCAAGCCUCCGGAUGGACAGACAUCGGCGAGCCUGGCCCAAUGGCCACUCAUCGGUCAGACCAGUUCUCUGGAGCCAGUAUGACAGACGAUGGCGAGCCUGGCCCGAUGAUCAACCAUCGGCCAGACCAGAUCUCAAGAGCUAGUAUGAUAGGAAACCAAGCCGCAUCUAGAGGUGUGAUUACCAAUAGCAACGACUCUGCACAAUUUCAUAGAAGCAACCAUAGUGCCGCACUUUCCAUGGACCAUGAUGCCAAAAUCCAGGAAUGGCACAUGAGAAACGAGAAUGACGGUUUUGUCGAAGUAGACCUACAUGGGGGUAAAGGAAAUCCGGACCAACCUCAAAGCCGCAUACCAUUUGCUAAGCGCCCUCCUGGAGCUUUAUACCGAGGAUUGCGUGCAGUAUCUGGUCGGAACAAAACCAGCUGGGGCAACCAGCGAGACCGUCCGGUCUCUGGUAGCACCAAGCGUCUCCCAACAGAUGCCCUCUGGCCGAUAUCUCUUCUAAAUGAUCGCCGUCCUUUGACAUCAAUUGACCAGGCAACUCCUGACCCCAAUAGUUACAUCGGGGAUGGCUUUCGUUACCGAACUCCUAUCGCACCCCCCAAACGAAACAGUUGGGCCAUACUCUACAGCCCAUCUGAAUUGAUGCGAUUCCAAGCCGAUGCAAGGGCUGAUGGUAUCUACUAUUCGCACGGCCGCCUUUCGACAAGAUCAACAAUGGCUAGAGGGAUUAGUGGAUCAUACAAACAAUUGAUGGAGGCCCCUCGGCUUUCGAUGUUCUCUCGUCACCCGUCUGCUCAGACUGAACUUAUCCACAAGAAAAAGAGUAUCUCAAUCACAGUCCUGUGUCUUUGUGCGGCUUUCCCACCAAUGCUCAUCUUGUACACAAUUGGUGCACUUGACGGGAUCAUGAGCUGGUGGACUAAGGGACAAUGUUCAGAUUUCGGAAUGAAAUACAAGAGGUUGGCACGUUUGCUGAUGUAUGCUUGGGUCAUGGUACUUGUUGUUGGACUUAUCGUUUUCCUUGUCAUAUGGUUCGCCAAGUUGCAUCCGCAUGGUGGUGGGGCUUAG